AAAGUGCGCCAAAACAGUUUGCGCGCACGGGUACAAGUUCUCGCGUGAUUUGCUAAAUCACAACACGGUUGAUUCGGUCGUUCGUUCGCGUGGUGCGUGGCGUGCUGAUCUUGAAAUGUAACAACUUUGUCACCAUGGAAUCGAAAAUCUUCCAGCUGACAGUUUUGGUGGCGUUUGUUGUGGUUUUCAGCUUCGGCAGCAAUGUUUCCAGCCUGGAUAUUCCUGCUCGCUAUAACAUGAGUGAAUAUUGGCUGAUGCCGGCGCUUUAUCAGUACGAGAGCAUCGAAGAUUGUCUGAGGCCCGCGCGGAAACCUUCGGAUCCGAUCCAGUCCGGAGCCCCCCAGAGGUUGUUCUGUGUGGUCAAAAGUGUAGUCAAGCCUGACGAGCGAUCACAGAAAUGGCGCCUAAUUCAACAAUAUUCUCGUCAUGCGUUCCAAUAUCAUCAUGAUGUGUUGACACGGGGAAUUUGUUUGGAUCGGUGUAAAGAAGAAAUUGAAAUGCUCACCAGUAAGCAACAACAGCUUUAUCUACAACCAAAGUUUAAUAUAAGUCAUAGGUAUAUAAUCAACGAUUGGCUGCUACCAAAUAUUCACCAGUACCGGGCUCAGUACGGCAACUUGGUCAACAUGUGCCUCAACAAACGAUCCAUCGAUUUGCACAACCUAUCAGUUUACUCCGAGAUUGAACACUGCACCGAUAGUUUAUCUCCAAACCGACCCAAUGAUACCUUAGACAUUGUAUUCUAUUCGGUUCUACUGGUGCUGGUCACCCUAACCGUUGCGUCUACCGUGUACGACUCAAGAUUAGCCAAAGAGAACGUUUUAAAUCACUAUCGAACACCUUUGCGGGACAAAGGCUCCACUUUGCUGACUGCUUUUUCGAUGCGAAGAAAUUUGAACCGGUUGACAAUCAAGCUGACACAAGAUCCGUUGCAGGAGGACCUCCGAUUUUUGGACGGGGUACGGGUUUGGAUCCUGGCCGCAAUCACCCUUAGUCACGUGGUCAUUGGACUGGGGAUGACCACCACCCAAAGACCGGAUAUACUGGAGAGGCUUCUUUCUAGACCGGGAUUCCAAAUUUUCGGCACCAUAAUCCCAUACCAGGUGGACGUCUUUCUGACACUCAGUGGUUUGCUGCUGGCGGUACAAUUUCAAAAAUUCAUCGAAAGCAAAAGCUUCAAUUGGAAGCCCUUUUGGAUGGCCAUCUUCAAUCGGUACCUGAGAUCAAUUCCGGUAUACGCCCUGCUGAUGUUGUACACGGUGUCUAUCUAUGAUCGGGUGCAGCAAAGUCCCUCGGCCUACAGGAUCAUGCCCAUGGAGCGGACGAUUUGCCGGGAGAAGUGGUGGGGAAAUAUGCUGCUGAUCAACAACUACUAUCGACCGGAAGAGCAGUGUCUUAUCCACACCUGGUACCUGGCUGCUGAUUUUCAGUUGUUCAUUGUUGGACUAACAGUGUUGAUGUUCCUUUGGAAAUUCCCGAAACAAAUAUUGAAGGCUUCAAUUGUUUUGAUCACUCUUGGAGCCAGUCUUCCGAUUUUGAACAUGUAUUACAAUGAGGUUGACGCGAUGAUGCUGCUAACUAACAAGGGCAACGCUUUUCAACUGUGGUACGACAGAUGGUUUGUGAAAACUUACCAAUCCUCGGAGGGACAUUGCAUAUUUUACUUUGGAGGAAUGAUUGCCGGCUUUAUUUACAACAAAAUGCAAAAGGAUGACUUGCUGUUGGCAAAGUCGAAAAUUUACAAGCUCCUGCAAGUAAUUAUCCUGCCACUAGCGGUGAUGUUCAGUCUUCCGGCACCGAUAUUCCACUAUUACGACUUCAGCAAACCUUCCCUUUGGAUGUCAAUUUACGGUGGGCUUCAUCGACUGGUGCUGGCCACCAUGGACGGAUUGGGUCUGGUGUUGAUGACCUGUGCCGAGAAGGAUUCUUUCUUUGGACGGGUGCGUUCUUCAAAAUUUUUUGAAAAUGCCUUCUACCGGGUGCUGGGAAGGUUAAGUUUCGGCUUUUAUUUGGUACACAUGAGCAUCCUCAAGACAGUUUACGGAAACCAUCAAGAAGCGAUGCGGGCAUCAACCGGGAUGAUUCUGAUGAUCUUCUGUGGCGUUACUCUAGCCAGUUACAUCGUUUCCUUAUUAGCGUACUUGAUGGUGGAAAAGCCCUGUGAUAUCAUCUUCAAACAGCUUUUUGGUGGAGCCAAAAGGCGCGCUGAUACGAUUAGCGGCGAUUUACGCGCACCGCCAGGUGUGGUGAAUCAGACUGCUGAAAUGCCUCAGCCUGCUGCAUUGGAAACGAGCCUCAAUGAUGACAAAAGACUGCAACGGAUGGGUGAGCGGGUAACCUCGACGCUGACUAUAGCGAUGCCGACGCCAAUAAUGCAAACGACGCGAAGUCGCAUGUGACGGUGAGAUGAUGGUUUCUGCUGAGGCGUGUAGGAUAUUGAUAGAACGAAGGUUAUGGUGGACAAAACCAAAGGCUGUAACUGUAUGAAAUGUGCAAUAAGAUGCUAACAAAUAAUUUUCAGAUAGGUUAAGAAAUCAAAUGAAAUUGGAAAUUCAU